UGAGGCAAAUAUGCAGAGAUAAUUGAUUUUGAGUGUUAUUGUAGGAAAUUACUCUUUUUUUUUUUUAUCUUAACUUUUUUUCAUUGAAGCCGCAGCCAAUUUAAUACAGCAGUAGUAGCAAGCGUACUCAAAUUUUGAAAAAAGAGAAAAAAGAAAAUUGGGAAUCUGAGGAGGAAGAAGGGAUAGAGAAAAUGGGGGAGAAGAAGAGAUGGAUUGCGAUGUAUACGAAGCACCUCACACAGAAGCGAAAGGUCUAUCACGAUGGCUUCCUCGAUCUCCACCUCUCCAGAAAAAAGGUGUUGCUUUAUGAUGAGGCUGAGAAUCUACUCGAAAGCAGGAUGUUAAAAGCAAACGAAGUUGUGGACUCUGGUGAAAGGCUCUCCUUUCAAGCAUAUCUUGUCGAUGUUUGCGAACCCAACCACCACUCUAACCCAAGUGAGCACUCGGUUCAACACCCCAAACCUCUUGCAGCGCUCAGGCCUAGUUUCAAGAAACCAAACCUAGCAAAUAGUUUUGCUUCAAAGAGUCUCAGCCCAUCUCACAAAAUGAUUAGAGUAUUCAAAAAGAGACAACUCCACAAGUUUGCCGCACUAACUCCUGACUCUGUUAAACCAACUUUUGAAGGUUUUAUCCUUUCUUUGCUGUUAUGUUUUGUACAAGGGAAUGGAAGCAAUGAUCACCCUCUGAUCAACUCUCCUCGUGAUGGUAAUAGUCUGGGGAAUCUACCCACUUCAUACUUUCAUAAUUGUGGAAAGUCUGGUGCUGAUUUAAGCCGCCGUGAGAAUGAUAAGUACAGCAAGGACGUUCCUCCACAUAAACCUUUACGUGAUGUGAAUCAAAUACUCUCCAUACUUCAGAGACCGAAUGCCACAGCCACAUGUUCUGACACUAACACGAAGACGCCAACAAAAGUACCUCCAGAAUCUGAUACCUGCAAAAACAUUAAAGUGGAGCCUAUAUCACCGAGAGCAUCUAGAGAUUCACUUCCCCAGCAGUUCAUGGUCCGAGAAACCUCACCGGCCAAGACAACUGCACGCACAAUGACUCAUCUGAACUCGUCCUCUCCGAGUUUUGACCUUGGAAUAUAAAAGACCCCAAUAUCUCAUUUUACGUAAGUUCUGUGUCACUUUUUCUUUUAUGAAAUGAACUAUACGGAAACAAAGUUAUCUAGCUUUAUGUAUAUCCGACUGAAAAAACAGGACGAACCAGAUCUUAAUGGUUUGUCCAAAGUUCAACAACUCAGUCAGUCUGAUCAUUACUUAUAGCUCA